AUGGGGUAUUACACAGAACGUGUAGCUACGAAAACAAUAGCAUGUGGAUAUAGAGCGAGAAUUAAGAUAAUGUUUUUGGAUUACCUUGAUCGAACGGGAUGGGUGAUCAAAGAAGAUCCAGGGGUAAGUGGCAUGCAUAAUCAUGAGUUUAUUCUUUACAAUGAGGGCCACCGACCCGCUAGCGGUCUUAGUCCCGCGGUAAAGGUUUUCGCUCGCGAUAUGAUUAAGUCGCAUGUUAGACCUGCUAGUAUCAUGAAAUCCGUUAAAGAGAAAUUUCCCGAUGAUCAUCCAAAUAUGAGACACUUGUACAACCUCAAGGAACAGGAUAAAAGGGAAGAAAUGGAUGGUAGAGACGUGAUACAGCCAUUCGUACACCUUGCUCGAGAGCACAACUACAUUUAUUGGAUAUGGCUGGACGAGGAGACAAAUGUGAUGACACAUGUGUUCAUGGUGCACCCUCGAUUGGCAGAUAUCCUUUGUACUUAUCCGCAUGUUGUUGCUGAUAGUUAUAAUUGGGUGCUGGACAAGUUUAGGUUGUUUAUCGGGGUGAAUGUUGUCCUUGUUACACUCAUAACUGACUGUGAUUUGGGACCUAUGAAAGUGGUACGGGAAGUGUCCCCUAACUCUGUACAUUUGUUAUGUAGAUGGCAUAUCAACAAAGAUGUGCAGAGUAGAGUGAAUGUCAUCAUGGCGACCCCGAUGGUGGGCCGAGAAUCUACUCUUUAA